AAUUUAAAAAACCUUUAACCAAAGUCUUGUUUGGUUGCACAUACAAGGAAAUAUCACAAAGGUGUGAAAGUAGAUAAAGUAGUAGUAAAAAGGAGUUUAAAAUUUUCAUUUUCUUAGAAGGCUAUUAUUAUAUACUAUUAUUAUUAUUAUUAUUAUUAUUUUGAAAGUUGAAAUUAAAUUAAAUUCCCUAUAGCUACUACACAUAUAUCAUGAAACUCAUGAUCCUUUGUAUCAAAUGAUGGCUGGAAACCCUAACUGGUGGAGCAUGCAUCCACCACCAUCUUUGAAUAUACCUUCUCAAUAUGUUCUUGGAUCUUCUUCAAUCCCUUUUAAUUCCUUAACGGAAAAUUCAGAAACUCCUCACUCAUGGAGUCAACUACUUUUCACUGGAUUACCUGGAGAAGAAGAGAGGGUAGGUUUCAAUCAUUUUGAAGCUAAUAAAAGUUCAGAAAAUUGGGAUGUUCAAAUUAUGAAUCCAUGUUCAAGAGUUUCUCCUAAUACUAUUAUGGAUGUAAUAAAGCAAGAAGUUUGUCAAAGUGGGAAUAUGUAUGGAGAAGAUCAGUUUCAUCAUCAUCAUCAUCAUCAUCAUGCUUCAUCAUCUGGAUUAAUUGGCUCUUCUAAUUGGUCUCAUAUGGUUCCUGUUUCUUCACCAAUUUCUACUUCUCAUGUCACUAGCUUAAGUAGUAGUAGUGACAAUAUGUUGGAUUUCACUUAUAAUAAGGUAGAUCAUAGGAACAACAAUCCACUACCUACAGAUCAAAUAUCUGAGUGUAAUAGUUCAACUAUUGGAGUUAAUAAGAAGGCUAGGGUUCAGCCAUCUUCAAGCCAACCACCUCUAAAGGUGAGGAAGGAGAAGCUAGGUGAUAGAAUAACAGCACUUCACCAACUAGUUUCUCCAUUUGGAAAGACUGACACUGCUUCUGUCUUGUUAGAAGCCAUUGGAUACAUCAGGUUCCUCCAGAGUCAAAUUGAGGCACUGAGCUCUCCUUACUUGGACACUGCAUCAAAAAACAUGAGGAAUCAACAUUCUGUGCAUGUAGAAAGAAAUUCUGUUUUUCCUGAGGACCCCGGUCAGCUGUUGGAUGACACUGGCCUAAAAAGAAAGGGUGCUCCAAACCAGAAUGCAGAAGGUAACAAGGCAAAGGACUUGAGGAGUAGAGGGUUGUGCUUGGUACCUGUGUCAUGCACACAAAAUGUUGGAAGUGAAAAUGGAGCUGAUUAUUGGGCACCAGCAUUUGGAAGUGGAUUUUAAUUAACAUGAAGCAAAUAUAUAUUAUGAAUGCAUGAAAUGAAAUGAUGAUGAUGAUAUAUAUAACAUCAUGAGCACUCAUUCUGUGCUAAUCUAAUCAAAAGGCUGAUUGCUCACGAUGCUAUAUAUGUAUGUAUGUGAUUUUAUAACACGAAUUUUUAAAUCCUCUAAUCUAAUUAUUUAGAUGAUGAUCUAUUGAGUUUCAUCUUAUCAAGAUUUGUCAAAACUAAAAUGUAAGUUUGGUUCUUCGAUCAAGAUCGUAUGCUUUAAUUUGUGUGGAAUUCAACCC